CAAGGUCAUCUGGAAAGUUUCGGGUUCGUUUGAAUUCUGUGUUACGGUUGUCGUAGAUCUCGCUUCUUUAGUUUUGCAUUUGUUAAUAAUGACCAACUAUAUAUUAUUCCAUCGCAAACUGGAGUUGAAACACCAACACACCUUGUUUAACAAAAACCGACCAAAUCAAUCUAUAAACAAAGCUUAGGAUUACUGUUUUUUUCUCUACAUGACUGACGAACCUGAGAAAGUUUUUAAUCCUAUAGUUGCAUCAACUGAUGAACAAAAUGACCAGAUAACAAUUGAGGAUGUGGAUCAAUUACAACAUGAAGCAAGUGAAGAUAGUACAGGCAGUGAAGAUUUGAGAUUAUUUUUAAAGGAAUUACAUGAAAAAGUAAAAGAAGACCACCAUCAUCACAACCAACAGCAACAAAUUCAACAAUCUCAUGUUAUCCCUUCAACAGGACAUUUACAACCAGCUUGUGUGAUUAAUCCUGGUGAAUUAUCAGUCAUUGGUGGUGGUGGUGGUGGAUCGUCAACAGCCGCGGCAUCUUAUCAUUCAUCACAAUAUAAUUUGAAAACGAAUCAACUGAUACAUUAUCAAACACCUGGUCAAGUAACGACUACUGCUGAUCAACAUUAUCAUACGUCUAUAGGAGAAUUGAAUGCACACGAUGUUGUAUCUGACGGUGGUUGGGGUUGGUUUGUUGUGCUCGGUUCAUUUUGUUGUAUGGUACUAGUUGAUGGAAUAUGUUUCACUUAUGGUCUAUUAAUAAAUCCAGUUUGUCCAUAUUCUAAUUUACGUGUACUAUCAUCAUCACCAAAUGAACGGAAAUUCAAUGAAAGUGGUCCAAUUAAAUACCCUCGUAAUGAUCGUAUUAUCCAACCAAUCAUUGGCAGUUGUAUACCAAUUUCAGAAUUAGGUGAAGAUUUUCAAAUACAACAACGUUCGAUUUUAUUAACUCCUGGUGGUCUAAUAGUUGGUCUAUAUCUAUUUCUUGGUCCACUCGUUAGUGCGUUGAGCAAUCAAUUUGAUUUUCGCCCGGUGGCUAUGAUUGGUGCAAUUAUUACCACAAUUGCAUUGUUAAGCAGUGCUUUUGUAACAACCAUUGAAUUGUUUACAUUGACAUUUGGGCUUCUUGGUGGUAUCGGCCUAUCAUUUAUCUAUUUACCGGCUAUAGCUACCGUUGGACAUUGGUUUCAACAGAAACGUCCACUAGCUGUUGGCCUAGCCUUAUGUGGCAGUGGUAUGGGUUGUUUAGUCGGUGGUCAAGCAAUUCCACGCUUAGUUUUAUUAUUCACAUGGCGUGGGACAUUGAUUUUACUGGCUGCAGUUUGUUUUCAAUGUCUUACACUUAUUUUAUUGUUUCGCCCAUGGGAUGUACACUUUCAGAUAACUCAAGCACAGCAAGCCAAACGUUUAGCACGUGAAGCUGCUCGUCGUGCAGCAGCAAUACGUCGUGCUGAAGCAGAACGUGUUCUACUAGAAGCUCGACGACGUAAAUAUCUGGCAGGACUAGAAACAGCCGCUACAGCUCAUACCGUCGGUGUAAAAAGACAUUCAAAUACAGCUCCUGUUGUGAUGACUAAUGAUAUUAACGGCAAUAAACCAGGUUUUCAAUGUCAACCAGGUGAAUAUCGUUCAAAAUCAAAUGACAGCGGUAGUGGUGGAGCCGUUGGGGUUGGUGGCGGGAGAAGAAGCUCUACACAGUACAAUCGUAUUCAUGAUACCAAUCAAACAAGAAACGGACGUCAGAAUAAACAUUUUAUUUUUAAUUCACAUAAUCGAACACAACAAAAUCCUGGUGUAAUGAAUACACGAUCAAAUGCAGUAACCGGUAAUCGUUCAGUUAAUCAUCAAAAUCAGGGAUCUAGUAGAACGGCUAAUCGUAAAAGGACACCUAGUCGCCGUGUCAUUGUUUAUCGUGGAUCAAUAAUGCAACGUAUUAUUGAAGAGAAAAGACGUCAACGUACUAUAUCUGUUGGCAGUUUAGAUGGUAUGGUUAUAACAAGAGAUAAUGAAUUAAUAGCUGCAUCGAAAAUAGUUAAUCAAGAUAAAUCAUUAUGUGAUCCUACUACAAUACAAAGAAUAUCUGAGAAUGUUACACGUAAAAUUGAAGCAAAAUUAAGUAAUACUAUUGCACCGAAAUUAUCAGUUGUCAAUGGCGUUAAUGUCAAUAAUAAUAUGAAUAAUAAUAAUACCGGUGUUGUACCUACAUCAGGUGGGACGUCAACACUUGGCAGUCGAACUGGUUUACGUGUGAGUUUACCUCAACUUGUACAAGAAUACAUACAAUCUCAAGUAUCUCUUACCUUACAACAACAACAGUCUAAACUGUCGUCUGUAGCAAAUCUCAUCAAUAAUAAUAGUAUUAAUUAUGGUAAUGACCAGUCAACGCCAGCGGAUACCUUUGUUCGUUCACCGUCAGUUAUGUCGAAAUUGAGUACCGUGAAUAUGCCCAAUUAUGAUACUGCCACUGUUCAAUUGGCAUCUGGAGAAAAUCCAGUGUAUUUAGAUGGUGGUGGACUCACGGGAUCUAGAAAUGCGCCCAUACCUUCUGAUAAUAAUCAAAUGAUUUCUGUCAAUACAUCAAAUUCACUGGCUUUUCUAAGUGGUACUACUAACCCAGCACUACCAUUAACAACAGGACGUGAUCCUGCUCAAACAAGGACACAUCCGAUUCGUUCUGUUUCUGAGACUGUUAGUUUAAAACGUACUACAUCCGAGGCUAGUUUAACUUCUCAUCUUACAUCAAUCGGUAUUGUAGAUCCGCAUAAUAAUAAUGGUAAUACUGCUGGCGCCGAUUUAUUAGACGAUGAAAUGAAAGCUGAUAUUCAAUUAAUUAUUCGUAAAGAAAUGUCAAGACCACAAUAUAAAAAAGAUUUCUUUUAUAUUGGUCCAGUUCGUCAAGUUGUUGACUCAUCAGCGUUAUCAUCAAAACAAUUACCAAUCAGUCAUAAAUUUAGUAUUAAUUUACCGAUAUUACCAGCGACAGCUGUAGAUAACCGACCGAAUCGUUCAUCAACUACAGCAUUUCGUUUACCGUCAACGGUUAUACAUCCGGAUGUUAAACAACAACCAGAGCAUUGUAGUCAGACAAAUUUAAGUAUUGCUAAUUCAAGUAAUUUGUUUACUAAUCAAUUUAUACCACCAGCUCCAUGCCCAUCUAUGCCGUUAAACAAUCAACAAUCUAUUGUACAUAAUGUUCCUUUGAGUGGCCUACCUCAACUCUCUAUUCCAUUGGGUAGCAAUAUAAAUCAGCAUGGAGCAAAUAUAAAUUCAGAUAGAAUUGAUUCUAUAGGAUACGUAAAUAAUACAGAGAAUUUAGAAAGUUCUGCAGCUCCUGUAUCUAAUCAACUUGGUCUUAGUCAAAAAAUUGACUAUGAUGGAAGCACAAUAACCAAUGCUGGUUUACAACGUCAACAACUACAAGAAGAACUCAUAGAUUACGGAGUGGAUAUUGGUGAUGAUGGUGAUGUUGGUGUUGUUGAAUUAGGAUUAGACGAUAUUGAUAUUGAAGAAGAGGAUGAUAAUCGUGAUACAAUUCUGAUUAAUGAUGACGAGGAAGCUGUCUAUACACGUUGUCCAAAAUGUUUUGAUAAUUGUAUCAGAUUAUUUGGUAGUGCACUAUUCUGUUGUUCGACAUAUAGUCCAAUCGGUAUAUUUAUGCAAGAUUUAUUAUCACCGAAAUUGUUGUCCAAUAUUACAUUCUUAUUUUUUCUUUUCUCAAGUAUGAUGGCUAUGCUUGGAUUGGUUGUCCCUUUUUUAAUGUUACCUGAUCUAUUAGCGGAAGUGAAUUGGAAACUUGAAGAUUCUGGUUUUAUCAUUUCGUCAAUUGGUGCAGGAAAUACAUUUGGACGUUUAUUUGCCACCUUCUACAUUGAAAAAGCUUGGUCUACAACCUAUAAAUGGGCUGAUUCAUUGUGGAUGAAUAAUAUCUCUUUAUUGUUAACUAGUGUAACUGUGUUUAUACUCCCGAUUGUAAGACGAUAUUAUGCAGCUUUAGUUUUAAUCUCGUGUGGCUUUGGACUUUUCUCAGCUGUAUUCGUAUCGUUGAAAAGUAUUCUAGUCGUGGAAUUGAUCGGUAUUGAUCGUUUGACUAAUGCAUUUGGCUACUUACUUUUAUUUCAAGGCUUUGCAGCCGCUGUCGGUCCGCCAAUGGCUGAGUUCUUAUUUGGUGUAUAAGAAAGACAAUGUAGUUAUUUAAGAGAUUUACAAAUAGAUAAAACAUCACCAUUCAGUAUUUCUACAGUGCAUAGUGCACCAACGCAUAACGCAUCAUCUAUGGCUUUUAUAUUUUCUGCUUUUGCUUUAUUUAUCUCUUGUCUUCUUGGCUGUCCUUUACGUUGGUUAUCAAAAAGAGAAUUUUCCAAUAAGCCAAAAUCAUCAUACAGUCCCAUUGAGUUAAUGCCAAAUCAUGUGGACCAUACAAAUUAUAGUUAUGAAUAUAAUAUCACUUCACCGACGUUGCCAACAACUGAUCAUGAAUAUUAUAUACAGCAACAACAACUGGGUAAUAUGAUCAGUGAAUAUCAAUCCAUAGACGUGAAUUGUAUGGCACCAGUUGAUCCGACAUCUACUAGCAGACGUGUUGACGUCACUGACAGUCAUUAUGCAGUAAAUCAACCGAUGGUAGCGCCAUCUUCAACUUCAUUGACAGUGAUCGAUGCCUUAAAGUCACAGAAUUCAACCACUGAUCAAUUAUCACCAUCUAUUAUUCCUCAAUCUUCUGUAAAUUGUCUACCGAUAUCGUCCGGUCAUCAUAUGAUUUUUUCAACAGAGCCAACAUCGACAUUAGCUGCCAGUGGUGUUGUCACUGGAUUGUUGGAUAGUAAGACAUUGGAUACUACUGCUAAUACUACUGGUACAACAAUACCUAUGACAGAUGAAUCUGUUUCUUUGGUCAAUGUCGGUGGUUUAAAAUUGCCCGCUGCUGUUAUUCCUGCAUCUGUAGUCGGUGGUGGUGGUACAGUUCCCACUCCAGUAGUAUCAUUAUCACUUCCAGCUCAAUCUGUUGAAGUUUUAGAGGUCAAAGAAGAUCCUGGUUUAGAACCAGUUGUUGAAGAAGAAGAAGAAGAUUAUGAAGAUGAUGAACAAGAUGUCGAUCAAUAUACAAGAGUAAAUCAAUUGGAAUCUGGUACAUUAUUAUUGACAGAACCUAGUACUAAUAUUGAUAGUAGUAUACCAACAUCAGAAUCAAGCUUUAAUCAAGAUACUACUGGUGAUUCAAUGCCAACUAAUGGUUCUUCAUCUUCAUCUCUACGUAAUAUCAAUUCGCGCAAAGAUGGCAUAAAGCAUAAACGUCGUCGAACUUCUAAACCAUUUGAAUUAAAUACGACAAUUGUUGAGGAUAAGUUUACUGUAGAUGUGAUCAGUGAUGUUAAUGUUGAUGAGGAUACUAAUAAUGUGCAAAUAAUUCCUGUUACUACUACGACAACGAUUAUCACUACGUCUACUAGCACUACUACUACUACUUCUGGCACUGGUACUACAAACAGCACAACACCAACUACAAAUGAAGAUAACAAUGAUGCUAAUCCUGAUCACACUUUUGGUAGCGUUGGUGGUAAUAGUAAUAAUAAUAACUGUAAAGAAGAUACUAACUGAGAACGAACUAAUCAUAAAGAUAACAACACUAAUUAAACUAUUUUUAUCUGCUAAAUCUGAUCCAAGAUUUUCUACUCUCUACUAUUUUAUUCCAUAUUACAUGUAUGUAUAUUUGUGUGUUUGUCUACGUCAAAUAAUAAUCAUCUCUGUGUUGUCUGUUGCUUAUAACUAUAAAUAAAUAUGCAUAACUAGUCGAAUAUUCUAUUCAAAAGCAUCACACUUUUAUUUUUCUACUUCUAUCCCACUAUUCCCAGCCUACUCUUAUGUGUGUACUUGCCGAAUUUGCUAUUCUACCAAUAAUAAACACUUAAAUUUCUUUGAGAUAUACGACAACAUCAAUGUAUUGUGUAUUGACUUUUCUUACUUUGAAAUUUGUACCAUUUCUAUGUAUUUCUUACGACAGAUACUGGUAAUCUUUCAUCUCAUUAUGUAAAUAACUUAGUCUCUUCAUUUGUCCCCCCUCUAUUUCCCUUCCUUUUCUUAUGGAUUGAUUCAUGUGUAAAUGAUUUGUAACAUUGGGACUAAUAUGAAUACUAUUAAUUCUGUAUACAUCAUUAUCCUCAUCGUUAAAUCUCACAUUAUUCAUUUAGGUUUUUUUUGACGGUUUCCACUUUCUCUACCAAUUAAUCAUUAUAAUUUUGUUUUUAACUAUAACUCUACCUCUUACGCACAUUAUCAAUUUCUAUUGUAUUAUUGAUUUGUUUGUGCCAUAGUUACCUACUGCUUGUUCAUUUUUAUUCUGGUUCUGUACAUUUACUAUUGAUAAUCAUUAUCAUGAUGAUACUAUCGUUAAGAUGUCUCUUGUUAUUGCUUUCAUUGUUGUUACUACUGCCGCUAUUGCUGACGCCGCCGAUGCCAUCAUCGUGUUUGUUGUUUCUGUGAAAAAGUUUCAUUUACUUAUUACUUUCUUGAUAUUAAGCAUAUUCUAGCAAGUACUUCCACUACUACUAUUACUACUACUACUACAACCACUAAUCUAUCUUUUCAUUCAUUCUGUUACGUCAUACAAUAUUUAUUUGAUUUUAAUUGAUUUGCUUAUUUAUUGAUUUAUUGACUUAAUGUUAUGUUUUUCACGAAACAAACAAUCGAAUGUCAUUGGUGUUUUGUUUUGUUUGUUGUGUAAUUUGUCAGUGUUUUUUUCUUAAUUAAAAUUUCAUUUCUUGAUGCUGGUCUCACUCACUGUGUGUGUGUGUGUGUGAAAAUUUGGUGAACUCGUUUGUUUGUUAAAACAAAUUGUUCGAUUUCAAAGAUUUAAACGGAUGUAUACCGGUUUUUUUGUUCGUUGUUGCUACUUGUCUGUUUGUUUUCAAAAAAGUAAAUUAUAUAAAACAUCUAAAGUUAACUGAUCCUAAAUAGUGAUUAACAGUAAAAACAGUUGAUUGAAGUUAAGUGAUUAAUAUAUCAAUGUCCGAUAUACAGUUGAACCGAGUGCUUAGAUCCAACGUGUAGUAUUUUGAUUUGUCAAGUAAAAAUUCAUUUUUAG